AUGCCGGAAAGAUGCAGCCCAGCCGGGCGACGGCGAGCAAAGGGAGGCGGGGGGCGAAGCAGGGCGCGCGAAGGGAGCAGCGCGGGAGGGGGCAGGCGGCGAGUGACUCUUGCAGGCCGGCCUGCUAAUUAAAGAAAUUUGGGCUGCGCCCCCCCCCCCCGCGCCGUCCCUUCCUCGCUCUCCUCCCCCUCGAGGCAGCCCGGGCUCCUUUUGCGUCUGCGGAGAGGCAGCAUAAGAGGGCACUGGAGGCGGGGGUGGGCGACGACGGCGAGCCGAGAACUUCUGGCGGGGUUGCCUUUGCGAGGGACCCGGUGUCGCCUCGCCCACCCACUUGCAAGCCGAUACCCGGCGCGGACUCUGCGCCCUUAUAAAGCGCAGCCAUGGAGUAGGUAACCGAGACGGGACGGAGCCCGAGGGGAGCAGCAGGCGUCCAGGCGAAGCGGACUCUCCUAGGCGCAGGAGACCCGUCCAAGGUGCGCGCUCCGAGACAGGGAAUUAACUGGGAACGUGGCUCCGAUUCCUCUCUCUGUGCGCUUCUCCUUUGCAGUGCAAUGUGCAGACUCCUAAAGUCUCCUGUGCUGCUCGGUCUGGUGCUGGUGAUGCUAUCGGCUGGACAUUGCAAAGAAACACUGGAAUCAAGUGCAGAGCUGAAGGAAAGGCAAAACCUCCUGAAUCUUAUCAUGGAGAUAAUUCAGGAGCUGAGGAAGUACCACCUGGAGGAAGAGGAGGAGAACGGGGCUCAGUACAAACAGGACUAUCUUUCGGAUCGGAGGAAAGUAGCCGAUUAUGGAACCUACUCAGAGGAACAGAGAGUUGAAAUAGUUCCUAGAGAUCUAAGAAUGAAAGACAAGUUUUUAAAGCAUUUAACAGGUCCUCUUUACUUUGGUCCAAAAUGCACUAAACACUUUCAUAGACUUUACCACAAUACAAGAGAUUGCACCAUUCCGGCAUACUAUAAAAGAUGUGCCAGGCUUCUGACUCGGCUAGCUGUAAGUCCAAUGUGUGUGGAAGGAUAAGGUAAGCAUUUGAUUUUGCCCUCAUCAAAGGAAAAAAAUAAUAACCAAGAGAAGUGCCUUGGAAACUAACAGGGAAAUCAAAUACCAUCUUUGUAACAUAUCCAUUGUGAACAAGAGAUUUAUUUUUGCAAGUUGAUGGACUACUUCCCAUAAUUCUUUAAACAUGUGUUUUGUAUACUUGUCACCACUGUUUACAGAUACAUUCUUUAUGGUAGAAAAACUACCACUAGAACUUCAGUGUUUAAUAAUACUUUUAGCUGCCCUACAUCAGAAAUGUUGCUAUGCCAAAAGAUUCAGUAAUAUCUUUUUCAAGUACAAAAAUAUUGUACAUUCUGAUAUUUUAUGGGUACCGGUUGAGAAAAAGAUAUUGUUUGAGACCUUUCAUGCUUAUGCAAAUUCAAAAUGUUUGGUUGCAAACUUAUUCACAAAUUUGUACGGUAAGGGUCGAAUCAGACUCCUACAGUGCAAACUGCAUGCCACUUUCAAAUGUGUUUUAAGUGGAAAUUUGGAUUCUGACAUAUGUUUUCUGUACAAUAGAGGUAUAAACAUUCCAGCUAAAUGUGCAAUAUGUAAAUAAUGUAAAUAACAUAAGUAAUAAAGUGUUUGGUAUACAA